AUGGACGGCGUGGUCGGCGCCUACAAGCACCACGGCUGCGCGAGCUCCAUCGUGUACCACGCGGCGGCGGAGCACAAUGACAAGUGCGCGCACGCGCCCUGCUACUGCUUCGAGUGCACGCCACCGUUCGAGGGCUCGCCGGCGCAACUCCUGCGACACCUCACUGCGCCGUCCGGCAAACACUCCUGGCCCAUGGACAAGAUCAAGUACGAGUCGAGCUAUCCGUUCCCCGUGCAGGCGCCGUCGGGGGAGUACCGCUGCUUGCUGGUCGGGGAGGACGGCUGUGUGUUCCUCCUGGCCGUGGGCGCUAGCAGAGGCCCGACCGGCCGCCGCCCCGUGAACGUGGUGUGCGUCAGGGCCAACACCGACGCCGACACGAGGCCGGUGUACACGGGCGUGCUCUGGGUGGAUGGUCCUCCAGCACCAACGGGCCAACUCAUGUGCACCUUCCGGCACCAAGCGACCAUGGCGAGCUGCUCCGUCCCGGGCGAGGUGGACAUGGAACAGGGCUGGCUCCAUGCGCAUGUCAACCCGAGCAUGCUGCACGGAGAGUCCGGCGAGGUUCAUUUGCGCCUCCGUAUCACCAAGUUUCCGUGAAUGAACUCCAGUUAUUUAUCACUCCUCACU